CCACGGGGUGAGGAGGCGGACUAACUAGGCGACAGUCACCGGCUGAUCUCCGAGAAAAGUCAACUGCACGGGAACGGCCGUGGAAUGAAGCCGAAAAGGGUACGAGACGCAGGAACUUGCUCUGCAGCAUUUCACGUCUAGACAAAGGGAGAGCUAAGAGAACGCCAGCUUUGUAAAGAGUUUUUGGCUUCUUCAUCUUGGAAAUAUUUAUCCACCCAAGAGAACGUCUGUGCCUGUACUUCCAUAAGAGAUUUUUGUAUUUUCUAUGUAUUUGUUCUGAGAAUGCAUCUGGAUGGAGGAGACUGAAGCUUUAAUAAGUAUGCGUGAAGACCCUAGUUUUCAUGUGCGUUACAGAAUGGAGGCGUCAUGUCUGGAGCUAGCCUUGGAAGGAGAGCGUUUGUGCAAGUGUGGGGAUUGUCGGGCCGGAGUUUCCUUCUUUGAGGCUGCAGUGCAAGUGGGAACAGAGGACCUGAAAACUCUCAGUGCUAUUUACAGUCAGCUGGGAAAUGCCUAUUUCUACCUGCACGAAUACAACAAGGCUUUGGAAUACCACCACCAUGAUCUGACGUUAGCAAGGACCAUCGGGGACAGACUUGGGGAAGCCAAAGCCAGUGGAAACCUGGGCAACACUCUAAAGGUUCUGUGUAAAUUUGACGAAGCAAUUUUAUGUUGCGAACGGCACUUAGAAAUCUCAAGGGAGCUAUAUGAUAAGGUUGGAGAAGCUAGAGCACUGUACAACCUGGGGAAUGUGUACCACUCGAAGGGCAAGAGUCUGGCCCUCACAGAGACCCGGGAUCCUGGCGAGUUUCCAGAGGAGGUGAAAACUGCCCUACAGAGAGCCGUGGAUUUUUAUGAGGAAAAUUUAUCAAUUGUGACAGAUCUGGGGGACAGAGCAGCUCAGGGGCGAGCGUACGGGAACCUUGGAAACACCCACUAUUUACUUGGCAACUUCCAGAAGGCCGUCAUUUCUCAUGAACAGAGACUUUUAAUUGCCAGAGAAUUUGGUGACAAAUCAGCAGAAAGAAGAGCAUAUAGCAACCUGGGAAAUGCAUUCAUCUUCCUGGGGGAGUUUGAAAUGGCAGCAGAAUAUUAUAAGAGGACGCUGCAGCUAGCGAGGCAGCUCAAGGACAGAGCUGUCGAGGCACAAAGCUGUUAUAGCCUUGGAAAUACAUACACCCUUCUUCAGGACUAUGAGAAGGCUAUUGAUUACCACCUGAAACACCUGGUCAUCGCUCAGGAACUCAAUGACAGGGUGGGAGAAGGACGAGCCUGCUGGAGCUUGGGAAACGCAUACACGGCCUUAGGAAACCACGACCAAGCUGUACAAUUUGCUGAGAGGCAUUUGGAUAUUUCUAGAGAGCUGGGAGAUCGCAAUGGAGAACUGACAGCUCAGCUGAACCUUUCUGACCUGCAGAUGGUGCUUGGUCUGAGCUAUAGCACAAACACGUCUGUACUGUCAGAGAUCCAAGACACAGACUCCUAUGUACAAGGUGCACGGCCCAGAUUAAGCAGACGUCACAGUAUGGAGAAUCUGGAGCUUGUGAAGUUGACACCAGAGAAGGUACAGAACUGGAACUGUGAAAUCCUGGCAAAGCAGAAGGCUCUGCUGUCUAAGCCCUCAGCCAAGCUGAUGUUUGUGAACCGACUGAAAGGAAAGAAACUGAAGAACGGCUCAUCAGGCAAAGUGUUACAGGACACCAGCAAUUGCACAGACUCCAGCAGGAAGACGUCCAGCGGUCAACGUAAAGCAGCAGAUGGAUUCGGAGACGAAGGAUUCUUUGAUCUUCUGAGUCGAUUUCAGAGCAACAGGAUGGACGAUCAGAGGUGCAGCUUACAGGAUAAGAACGCGUCAAGAGGUUCUGCAGUUGCAGCUUCCACCCCUCCUAAAACCAUGAAAAAAUCUCCCCUUGUGUACUUAGCUCUGUCAGCAUCUGCAGUCUCACCGCAUACUGAUGAAUUCCUGGACCUGAUUGCCAGCUCACAGAGUCGCCGGCUGGAUGACCAGAGGGCCAGCUUUAGCAACCUACCUGGGCUGAGGAUCAACCAGCAGAAUAGCCACUCUGUGCUAGGCCACCUGAUGGCCAGUGAGAACAGGGAGCCAGAUGAAGACUUCUUUGAUAUGCUGGUGAAAUACCAGGGCUCUCGACUAGAUGAUCAACGUUGUGCCCCUCCGCCACCCCCAAAGAAAGGGCCCACAGUCCCAGAUGAAGACUUCUUCAGCCUUAUUUUGCGCUCUCAGGCCAAGCGCAUGGACGAGCAGAGAGUCACUCUCUCCUCGCACCUUAAGAGACCCAACUCCAGUUAGGGAAAGCCAACUGAACCCUUUGUUGCCAGCCAGAGGGUUACUAUGCCUUUUUAAUGUGUUAUUUUAUUCAGGUAUUUCAUAGUACUGUAAUCUUAACUCUGUACGUCUGAUGCUCACUGCAAUGAACAUUUAACCACCUUGGCAAUCUAAAAGGAUAUCAAAAACAUUCCAGCCCUCACUGGCUGCCAGGGGUUAAACUAAUCUUUUCUGUGCUGUCAGACUUGGCAUUAAGCUACUGGAAUAAAUAUACAUUUUAUGCUAAAACGGGCAAUUUUUCUGCUGGUUACCCAGGAGCCUAGUGGAGAGUGAUAAAUCAUUACUCUGAAAUGCCCAGGGCCAGGGAGAGGGCACCUGAUAAACUGGAUUAUGCUAUGGGCAGCUCUUGCGUAAGUAACUGUAUAUAUAAAAUAUAAUGACUGCCUUUACAAGGGAAAUGGCUUAAGCACUACAAUUUUCAUAGUUUUGUAAAUAUUUUUUUAUUUUAUUUUUUAAACGCUACUUUUUGUUACUACAAACUUAUUAUUGUGCCGAGAACAAAAGGGCUAUUUUUUUAGUAAUAAUGUUAGAAUUGUACAAAAAAUGUUGGGAGGAAAAAAAACAGGUACAGAGCUAAUGUGUCAGCUCAUGGUUUUUCAGAUGUCUAAAAGAGUCAUUUAAUGUUUUAUGUAUUUUAUAAAUAAUGACACCUUGUUUUGUUACACUGCUUAUUGGUUGCAUUGGUCAGGUUUUUUCAUAUCACCUGUGUGAUGACUAUCAAGGAAUAAAAACCUUAGUGUACAAACUAAA